CUCAUUUCCAUCUAUAUUCUUAGAUUAAUAUAUACCUCCAGAUAUAUAUGUUAGUUGCUGGAGAUUCUUUAUUACUUGGAGACACAUGAAUCAAAUUGAGUCUUCCAAAAGUCACAGAACAAUUAGUAGUGCCUGCUCUAUUGCAACGAAUCGAUCUUGCUGGAUGAAACACUUAAAAUACUAUAAGAUCUAAAGAUAAAUAUGGGGAAGUACAUCCGGUUGAGGGCGUGUCAGUCACGUGUAUCACAUGACCCAACCUUCCCGAACCUCCGAAACUCGACCGUCUGCAAAGCAUCCCAAAGCAAGUGUUCCUUCUCCUGAACAGAAUCCCCUCAUCUAUCCCUCACCGUCAAAAUGGCAUUCGCUUGGAAAGCUGCUGGUCUCACCUACAACCGCUACUUGACCGUUGCCGCUCGCGCGGUCCGCAGGUCUCUUAAGGACGGUCCCCGUGCUGCUGCUGAGCGCCGCGGAAACAUGGACCUGCGUUUCGCCAAGUGGGAGAACGGCAAGCAGGGUGAAGUCAAGUCCCUCGCCAAGGCCAACGAUGAGGCUCUCGCUGCUCAGGCCGAGUCGAAAUAAAUACCCCGUUCCGAAAUUGUGUGAAAGAAGCCCGGAAGAUGUGUAUUCUGGAUGAAGGAUGUUGAGGUCUCGUCUCGGGUGGAAGCCAUGGGCAGGAAUGGAAUAGAUCUCUGUAGCAUAUUGGCCCCUUUGAUCAGGUCUAAAUAGAAAAGAACUAUCUCUUCCUGCCGUUCUUCUCUAGCUGGCUAGCAGGGCCCGCUUAUCCACAAAUGUAGUUCUUGUGCCUGCGAGAGCAUGGGUUCCUGAACAGAACUCGACGGGCUCUGCUUGAGCGCGUGCGGCUUGUGUUUCCCGCAAGUUUUGCCCUGUCCGCCCGACUCCCCGCCCUCCCCUCGC